UACAGCGGGUCAGUAGCUAAGCAGAGAGCAAGAGAGAGAGACGUGUUAGUGGUGUUCCUCCAUGGAUUGCACGAUGGCUCACGAAACCCUCAGAAACUAUUCCCAUUGCCCGCCUAAGAAGAGGCCCCUGGCGUUCUACAGUGCCCAGACUGAAGACCACGAUGACGAGCAGCCUCAAGACCUGAGCAUCAAGCGGCGGCGCCACGAGGACGACACCUCGACUCAGGCUUCUUCUGUCGACCCUCGCUCACCCUCCCCACGCCUGGCCGCUGCCCCGCCCAGUCCUCCACGUAUGCCCUCACUGGCUGAGUUUUACUUGAAGCUCUUCCAGUCAACAGCCCUCCAGCAGCAACAGCAGCAGCACCAACAACACCAGCAGGCAGAGUGGUGGCCCAGCCCCAUGAUGUGGCCCCUCGUGCCCACCGCCGCCCAUCCCGCCCUAGCUGCCCACCCCAGCCUAGCCGCCCAUCCAACCCUUGCCGCCCGUCUAACUUCACCACAGCCCUCCGAGGAACGUCUGGCCUCGCCCCGCUCUACAGCCUCUGAGGACUCUGGCGUGGGCGCUGAGUCAAUGAGCGAGGACGAGAUUGACGUAACGAGUGACAGCGACGCCUGCCGGAGGAGCAAUGCGGAAGUCUCUUCAGGCCGCGAGGCGCGGUACUCGUGCACUGACUGCGGCAAGUCGUACUCCACCUACUCCGGCCUCAGUAAGCACAAACAGUUCCACUGUGCCGCCCUCGGGGCCAAGUCGUUCGCGUGCAAGCACUGCGAGAAGGUGUACACGAGCCUGGGCGCCCUCAAGAUGCACAUCCGCACGCACACGCUGCCCUGCAAGUGUCAGCUGUGCGGCAAGGCUUUCUCGCGCCCAUGGCUGCUGCAGGGACACAUCAGGACCCAUACUGGGGAGAAGCCCUUCCAGUGCCCGCAGUGUGACCGCUGCUUCGCGGACCGCAGCAACUUGCGGGCCCACCUCCAGACCCACGCUGACGUCAAGAAGUACGCGUGUAGCACCUGCCACAAGACCUUCUCCAGGAUGUCGCUGCUCAACAAGCACACCGAGGCUGCCUGCCCCGCCCGGCCCUCUCAGCAGUAGCGGCAGCAGUGUCCUGCCCCAGGCGGUACAACUAAUCCGGUGGUGGGAGGGAGUCGUCGGGAAAAGUCACCAGUGCCUCUAGUCAGGUGUCGCGCCGUGUACUGGCACCACUUUGUAGUUAUUGUAAGAUAAGGCGAGAAUAAAGAUUUAUAUUUUAUGUUAA